AUGGCGGAAAUCAUCAACGACAUGACGAAGGCCGCCUUUGGCUUCAUUGCUAUCCACAUCGCUCUAAUUCAUUUCCUAUACCCCGACGAGAACUCCCCCUCCAAUAGGCAUCGCUGGGUUAUUUACUUUACUCAACUAUACCUUUUUGGAGCUUUCGUGCGUUACCUCCAACCAGAACCAAAAACUGAGUCCCUGAUCAGACGCCCUGGACUUAUCUUUACUAGCUUGACUAUCUAUCACGAUUUUAGAGAAUACGAGAGGGAGAUCGGCCGUCGGCCUGGCGAACCGAGCGAGCCAACCAGAACGGUUGAGUCUAACCUCGGGGCAUGCAUGGCGAGCUAA